CAUUGCAGAGACGCAGAGCUGGCGGCUGCAUCUGCACAGAUGUGAACAACUGGAUCUUGUUCACACUCGGAGAGAGGAAGGUUCCUGAGUAAGCAGGAUCAUUGUGAGAACUAAAAGGAAAUGAAUUCAUACCAAGCAACUGGGAAGGUGCCUGGUGCAAAGUGGGAAGUCAUCAACCACAAUCACUAAUAAGUAGAGAGCAGGACUCUGACUUGGCUUGGAAGGGGCUGUAGGAGGUGAAUGACUUUGCUGAACUGUCAUCCAGCAGAAUGCAGGAGACAGAGAACCACACUGGGCUAAGUCCCUGGAGGACCUGGUGGCUGACUGAGCAGCACCCACCAGAGAACUUGGCCCUCACUGCUCGCUGAAGCUACUGCACCCUCACAAUGGAGCUCACAGUCUAUUUCUCUUCCCCAGGGGUGAGGUCACACCUCCUUCCAGCCUGACACAGACAAGGAGCUGAUGGGAGGUCUCUGAGAGCCCCAGCUGCCAACAUGAGCUCAGAAAACUUUGGACACUGCUCAGAUAUUGAGAUCUUUUUUGAGGAGGUCAUUGAAUGUCUCUGGGACAUACUGGGCAGAAAGGAACUGCUCCUCCUGCUGAAUGAAUUCCUGGAAAGAAUUAAGACUGAGGCCAGUUUGUCCAGGAAAGACGCCAAGGAACUACACAAAUAUCUGAAGGAAUUGAACAGAGCCUUGGUUGAGGAGGACCAGGAAAGACUCACCAAAGAGCAGCUGGACAGGAGGAGGUUUCUGAUUAAGUUUCCUCGGGUGAAACGGCAGCUAGAGGAGUUCAUAGGCAAGUUCCACGAGCUCGCAGACAAGGUUGACAAGGUGCAUAAGGGAUGUACCAUCUCCAACGUGGUGGGCUACAGCACCGGUGCUGUGUCUAGUAUUCUGACCAUUGUUGGCCUGGCUCUGGCACCCGUGACAGCGGGGGCCAGUGUGGUGCUCUUGGCCACUGGGAUAGGGCUGGGAGCAGCAGCGGCUGUGACCGGUGUGUCCACCAGUAUCAUCGAACAUGUGAAGAGGUCAUCAGCAGAAACCGAAGCCAGUCACAUGAUGUCAAGUGUUGUCAAGAAAUGGAAGGUUCUCCUAGAGGUGCUCAAGAGCAACCCCCACAUUGUUGACACAACAGAGAAAGUCACAGAAGCUGUGCAAUGCAUUGAAGUGAACAUCCAUGCCAUGGAGACAGGCAAUGUCAACCCUGACUCUGCACCCAAUGCACACAUCUACAUGAGCCCUGCGAGGAUCUCAGUCCCAGCCAUCCAGCACAUAGAGGGGGGUUUCAAAGCCACAGCUUUAACAAUAACCAAAGGAGCCCGGAUUGCGGGCUUGGCCACUGCAGGGGUCUUCCUUCUGGUGGAUGUGGGCUUGCUGGUGAAGGAGUCAAAGCAUUUGCACGAUGGUGCCAAGACAGUAGCAGCUGAUAGCCUGAGGCAGCGGGCAUGGGAGUUGGAGAGGAAGUUGGAGGAGCUCACCCAGAUCUAUGAGAAUCUGCAGGAAGACCUGAUUUAGCCACCCCCAGAGCUGUGUGGGGUCCAGGGACACGUGAGGGGCUAGAGUGCAGAGGUACCUUGUUAGAGGGAAAGAGAGGGAGACCACAUUAAUGAAGCUGGGGGUUAGGAAUUUGGCAUUUCUGUGGUUGAGCACAGCAGGGAAGGGAUGGAUGUAGGUGAUGGAUGAGGAGAGGGAAAGAAGGGGCCUGGAGCCUGGAUUAAGGGAGGAAGGGGCACCAGAGAAUGAGAGGCGGGGAGAAGCGACUUUUUUUUCAUACUAGGAACAUUUUAUUUUGUGUUGGUGUAUAGCCGAUUAAAAAUGUUGUGAUAGUUUUAGGUGAACUGCAAAGCGACUCAGUCAUACACACACAUGCAUCCAUUUUCCCCCAAACUCCCCUCCCAUCAGAAACCACUUCCUUUGGACUAAAGAUGACCCUGGAGGCAGAAUAAAGGAAGUCAGGUGAACUAGCAAUAAUAGGCCCGGUAUACAAACGGGGUGAAAAUGGGAUAAAGUCAGAGAAUUGGGAUUUUGGGGAUCCAGAAGGAGCAGGGGCUCCUCUAUCGCCAUCCCCAGGCUGUGAUGUCCCAGCAAGAAGAGUCUUCCCCUGCUGGUGGGAAGUCUCUGGACCUCUCCUCCACAUCAACUCACCUGUGGCCCUAGCUGAUGUAUCUUACUUAGGCAGUGACUUCUUUUGUUUGUUUGUUUUAUUGAAGGAUAAUUGAUUUAUAAUAUUCUGUUAAUUUCAGGUAUACAGCAAAGUGAUUCAAUCAUACAGGUAUCUAUGUAUUUAUCUGGGCUUUGCAGGUGGUAAAGAAUGUGUCUGCUAAGCAGGAGACACAGGUUUCAUUCCUGGGUAGGGAAGAUUCCCUGGAGUAGGAAAUGACACCCCACUUCAAUAUUCUUGUCUGGGAAAUCCCAU